GUUCCAGGAGCUGGUGUCCCACUUAUGUAUCUACACCAAAGAUAUAAAAGUAACUCACUACCUAAUGUGAGCUUCUCUAAAUGAGAUCUUCCAGACAGACCAGACCCUCAUCUUGGAUGCCUGGCUGACUUUGGACUCUGUGUCACAGGUCAUUUUUGAAGUGAGACUUUUCUGUCCUUGAUUGGCUCUACUCCUGGGAGUUGUUUGUUAUUGACUAUGCUGAGCACUGUGCUGGGCACUCAGGAUUCAGUCUGCAUAGGUGUUUUCUGAGACUGUGGGCAUAAAUCAGGAGACACCUGCGUCUCCAGGAAGCACAGGCAGACAUCUCAAUGGCUACCAAGGAUGACAAUGAAGUCCGUCUGUCUCACAAUCUCUCAGAAGGUGAGAUAAAAGCCACUCAGAAGAGAAGAGAAAAAGUACUGAUGUGUCUGAAAAACCUUGGGAUUCAUUGUGACCAGAAUAAUGUGCCUAAUAUCGUUGUUCUGGGAUCAGGCGGGGGCCUGCGUGCCAUGAUAGCCCUGCUAGGAACCUUGGUUGAGCUGAAGAAACAGAAUUUCUUGGAUGCUGUCAUGUAUCUGUGUGGGGUGUCGGGAUCCACUUGGUGCAUGUCCCUCCUGUAUGGAGAUGGGAAAUGGUCAGAAAACUUGAUGUACUUGGAAAAAGAACUGUGCAAAAACCUCAGUAAUUUCUCCUGGCAUAUCAUAAAGGCAAUAAAAUCCUUAAAGGAGUCAUCAAAAGAUGAACAUUACUCACUCACAGACUUCUGGGCCUCCUGUCUUGUAUACCAAAUACUGCAGCAGUUUGAUGAGAAUGAGUUGGCUGACCACAGGGAGGCCUCAGAGACUGGAAUAAACCCUUACCCAAUUUAUGCAGCAGUGGAUAAGGAAAAACUGAGUGAAGAAGGUGGAAACUUUCCAGGGACCUGGUUUGAAUUCACUCCACAUGAGGUUGGAUAUAGUGCCUUGGGUGCUUUUGUGAGUACCAAACACUUUGGAAGUGAAUUUGAGAAGGGUAAGCUGAAGAAAAGAGGGAAGAAGAAACACAUCUGUUACAUGCAAGGCUUAUGGGGGAGUGCACUUGGAAGCAUAGAAGAAAUUCUAAGGUUUAUACGAGACAGUCUUGCCUUGUUCCCACAAAGAAGAGUUUACUCACAAGAAGGUAUGUUCUCAUACAGACUUGGGAGCAAUUUAGGUAUCUUCACUGUUUAUGAGGCUGCUCUUCUUCUACUAGACCUUCAGUUGUGUGCUGUAAGUGGGAGCGAUCCUACAGAAGUCUUCAAGAAAUUGUUGAAUAUAUGGUCAGAAGACAAGGAAAAAAGUGCAUCCUACCAACUGUGCAUUGAAAUGCGUAAUACCUGGGCAAUGAAAAAAAAGGAAGAAAGAAUGGAAAGCUGUGCUGAACUGGCCAAAGAGAUAGAAAAGGAAUUUGGAGCGUUUCUUGGAGAAGAAGGUACUCUAGGAGGAGUGUUACUACCAUACCGUGAAAUCCUCCUAGGCUCAGUGCAGGAUAUCAGUGAGAUGGUGUUGAAAACGAUCCGAUGUGCAUUGACCUGGAAAUGGGGAACGACGAAUAACUUCCUUUACAACUGCCCUAACUUUCAGUCCUCUUACCUGGUCAAAACCAAACUCAUCUCUUUGAUUGAUGCUGGCCUGGCAAUAAAUUCUGCCUAUCCUCUGGUCCUUCGAGCAGAGCGGCGAACAGAUCUGAUAAUUUCCUUUGAUUUCAGCUCUGGAGAUCCUUUUGAGACUAUCAAGAAAACAGCUACAUACUGCCAGAAAAAUGGUAUCCCGUUUCCCAAGAUAGAGGAUCAGGAAAUGGAUGAGAAAAACCCUUCUGAAUGUUAUAUCUUCCGAGGAGACAAGUCAUGCCCUACAGUCAUGCACUUUCCACUCUUCAACAACAGGAAUUGUUCUGGUAACACAUACUCUAUGCAACUUCAUCUCUGUAUAUUUACAUUUCAUAUUCUCCACCCCCAGUGCCAUGCAUUUCAGACUCCUUCUUUACUCAGUGCUGCUGCCACGAAUGGACACAGAAGAAAAGGAACAGGGCAGCCUCUCUGUAUAAUGGAUAGAAGCUUGCAUGAGCAUUAAUGUACUCACCCUCUCAGAUAGGCGAUGUAUGUCCUGAGCUAUAAGGAUUUUACACACUUCUUGGUUUGUUCUGUAAAUCAGUGUAAUUAAACUGUGGUCAUUCUACUAAAGAGGAGUUGGGGAGGCAUUACAUUUAGAAGCCAGAGUAGCCAAGUCUGGGAUAUUUACCACUGCUUCCCUUUACAGUUAUUGGUGAAGAACAGGCAGGUCCAGAGUGAGAUUUAUCCCCCUCUCUCAGACAACUGAUGAAGCAGGUGAUGAAAGAGGCACUUCCAGACUCUGACUGAUCUCCUCCUCUCUCUUCACUGGCUACAGCAGGAUCUUAAUGUGAUAUAGGACUUGUAUGUGAAACUUGCAGAUC